GCUGGAAUUUCCCAACAAUUAGUUGCUGAGUGAGAUAGAUCUCUUCAACAUGUCUUGUUUUUUCCCUGAGAGUUUAUGGACGAUCAGAACAUCACUGUCCAAUCAAACCUGGCUUCUCCUGUUCACUUUCCUUUUCCUUCUUGGUUGGUACAGCAUCUUGCCCUACAGAUUCUUCAAACGCCUUGGAAUCCCAGGGCCCACGCCACUGCCAUUCAUUGGAACAUUCUUAGGAUACAGAAAGGGUUUAUUUGGAUUUGAUACAGAAUGUUACAAGAAGUAUGGAAAGAUCUGGGGGAUUUAUGAUGGAAGGCAGCCUCUUCUCUCAGUUAUGGAUACCAACAUGAUCAAAACCAUCUUGGUAAAAGAGUGUUAUUCUUUCUUCACCAACAGACGGGAUAUUGAUCUGAUUGGACCUUUGAAAGAUGCCGUUUCAGUUGUUCAUGAUGAGAACUGGAAGAGAAUCCGAAGUGUGCUUUCACCCACUUUCACUAGUGGGAGACUGAAAGAGAUGCUUCCGAUUGUCUGUCGCUAUGCAGAAACUCUUGUGAAAAAUGUGGAGAAGAAAGCAAAAAUGAAUGAGCCCAUUGCUUUGAAGGACCUCUUUGGUCCAUACAGCAUGGAUGUAGUCACCAGCACGUCUUUCAGUGUGGACAUCGACUCACUCAACAACCCCAGUGAUCCAUUUGUCAGCAAUAUAAAGAAAAUGUUAAAAUUCAGCUUCUUCAACCCUGUGUUUCUUAUCGUGAUAAUAUUUCCGUUCCUCAUUCCGAUCAUGGAAAAGCUGAAUAUCAGCUUAUUCCCCAAUGAAGUCACCGACUUUUUCCAUAAAGCUGUGACACACAUAAAGGAAAACAGGAAAACAACACGCAAUGAUCGCGUAGAUUUCCUGCAACUGAUGAUAGAUUCUCAAACGACUGAAAACAACAAAGAGAUGCAGAAUGGUGUCAAUUCCUCAUCGUCCAAAGCUCUCACCGAUGCUGAGAUUUCAGCACAAGCUCUCAUAUUUAUCUUUGCUGGAUACGAAACGACAAGCAAUACACUGUCACACGUCUCAUAUUACCUGGCAACCAACCCAGAUGUACAAACUAAACUGCAGCAGGAAGUUGACGAGACCUUCCCAAACAAAGCUACUCCCACCUACGAUGCCGUGAUGCAGAUGGAGUACAUGGAGAUGGUCAUCUCAGAAACUUUGAGACUGAUACCUCCCGCUCCUCGCUUAGAUCGACAGUGUAAGAAAGAUAUCCAGAUCAAUGGAGUGACCAUACCGAAAGAUACGAUUGUCUCAAUACCUGCGUACGUCUUGCAUCGAGACCCUGAACAUUGGCCGGAGCCAGAAGAGUUUAGGCCUGAAAGGUUCACUAAAGAAGCGAGAGAGGCUCGGGAUCCUUAUGUAUAUCUGCCAUUUGGAAUGGGCCCUCGGAAUUGCAUUGGAAUGCGAUUUGCUCAGAUGCUAAUGAAGGUAGCAUUGACUUACCUGAUGCAAAAUUUCACUCUGCAGCCAUGCAAGGAGACCCAGAUCCCAUUAGAACUGGAUGUGAAGGGUGCCAUGGUACCCACAAAGCCUGUUGUGCUAAAAUUUGUGCGCCGUGUGACCUCAAAGCAAGAGGAAUAAGAAGCAGAGGACAAUGCACACCAAGUAAAAAUGCAACAGGAUCUCGAAUAUGUGACCCAAUAAAAUUGUCGUGAAACAAUCAUUGAACAAUUGUUAUAGUUUGGAGAUUCAGGUGAUCUCUUCUGUCAUUCCAAACCAAUUAAUUUGGUUGCUUUAAAAUUCCUAACAUUGUCAUAUUCGUUCAGCAAUAUUCAUGUGCAAAAAAAAAUGUAAUGAACAUAAUCUAAUGUUUGAAUGCUAACCGAAUAAAUUGGGGCUUCAAAAGAAAUAAAGGAAGUGGUUGUUAUUA